UCGUAUUGUUUCAGGUAUGAACCACCGAAGAACAUUCCAGAAGUUUGAAUUGUGAUAGUAAAUAAGCAGCGAAGUCAUGGUGCCUCAGCAGUACUGCCUGCGGUGGAAGCACCACCACUCCAAUGUACAGAGCAUGUUCGCGCAGCUACUGGAGAAAGAACGCUUCUGCGACGUGACUCUAUACUGCUCGCCGAGCUUCGCGACCCAGCUUCCUAACAAGGAACCGCUGGACCCACAGCACGUACGAGGUGUCUCGCUACGGGCCCACAGGGUGGUGCUGGCGGCGUGCUCGGAGCUGCUGGGCGCGCUGCUGGGCGCGCACGAGGCGCAGGGCGAGCCCGUGCUGGUCAUCGACGGCGCCGAGCCGCGCCACCUGCGCGCGCUGCUGGACUACAUGUACACCGGCGAGAUGAACGUGCACCACACGCAGCUGGCCGGAUUGUUGAAGACGGCAGAGGAGCUCCGCAUCAAGGGCCUGACGGAUAUCCGGUGGAACAAUAAGGACGAGCCGCCUGACUGCGCCACAGGAGCGGUGACAGCAACAACCGCUCAGGACAAGAGACCGGCCGACCUCAAGACACACGACAGGCCCGAGAUCAAGACGCCAGACAAGACGGAUAAGCAAGGCAAGCAAGAGAGGCAAGAAAGGCAAGAGAGGCAAGAAAGGCAAGAGAGGCAAGAAAGGCAAGAAAGGCAGGAAAGGCAAGAAUGUAAGACUGCGCAUAACAAGAAUACUCAGGAUAAAAAUGUAGAGCGGGAAACGCCGGAGUUCGACAAUCAGAUGGAUUCAGAAGAUUAUGAAGAUAAUAUAGAAAAAUUUAAUGUUAAUGGAGGACCGCCGCCGCUGAUCAAACUGCCCAAGAAGGAGAAGAACAACAUAUCGCAAAGGGAACUCUCAGAUACGGACAGCCCGAGCCCGAAGCGCCAGAGGGUUGUGAGCGGGACCGAGCACACCGACGACGAGAACAGCGGACACGUUAAAACGGAUCAAGAGUGGCGGCAUGGGAAUCUGGACAUCACGGCCGAGCGCGUGGCGGGCUGGGGCGCGCGCGAGCCGUCGGACGAGGAGUGGCCGGACGCGCCCGACAUCGGCUGCUUCCUGCGGACGCGCCUCCGGGUGGACGGGGACGGCAGCGCCGCGCCGGUGAGUGGGGGGGGGUCCUAUAGGCUGGGGCCGCGCGAGCCGUCGGACGAGGAGUGGCCGGACGCGCCCGACAUCGGCUGCUUCCUGCGGACGCGCCUCCGGGUGGACGGGGACGGCAGCGCCGGUGAGUGGGGGGGGGGGUCCUAUAGGCUGGGGCCGCGCGAGCCGUCGGACGAGGAGUGGCCGGACGCGCCCGACAUCGGCUGCUUCCUGCGGACGCGCCUCCGGGUGGACGGGGACGGCAGCGCCGCGCCGGUGAGUGGGGGGGGGUCCUAUAGGCUGGGGCCGCGCGAGCCGUCGGACGAGGAGUGGCCGGACGCGCCCGACAUCGGCUGCUUCCUGCGGACGCGCCUCCGGGUGGACGGGGACGGCAGCGCCGGUGAGUGGGGGGGGUCCUAUAGGCUGGGGCCGCGCGAGCCGUCGGACGAGGAGUGGCCGGACGCGCCCGACAUCGGCUGCUUCCUGCGGACGCGCCUCCGGGUGGACGGGGACGGCAGCGCCGACGAGGAGUCCGACGGCAGCGAGCCGCGCGCACACGCUUCCUCAGCCUCCUCCACCGCGAGCACCGCUCACAUCGACUACAUCAAGCCGAGCAAGGCGGGGGUGCAGGACCCUCGCUUCCUGGACGUGGUGAAGCUGAACGACUACUUGCAGCACGGCCGCCGCCCGCAGUUCUGGGAGGAGAACUACGUCAAGCGCGUGAUGGACGCCGUGCGGCUCAAGGAGCUGGAGAUGAAGCAGGCGGCCGAGAUCCUCGGCGUGAGCUACGGCACGCUGUACGGGCGGUACCGCGACGUGUACGGCUGCAUCAACCGGCCCUACCGAGUUAUCACGGCGCGCGACUUCUGGCAGGCGAAGGGCCCGGCGGAGGUGCUGGAGCGGCUGCAGCGCGGCGAGCUGGGCGUGGAGGCGGCGGCGCUGGCGCUGGGCGUCAACCCCGCCAACCUCGCCGCCUACGUGGCCGAGCACGACCAGGGUGACUGUCCGGUGACUGUCCGUCUGUUUGUUACGGCGGCGCUGGCGCUGGGCGUCAACCCCGCCAACCUCGCCGCCUACGUGGCCGAGCACGACCAGGGUGACUGUCCGUCUGUUUGUCACGGCGAGCUGGGCGUGGAGGCGGCGGAGAUCCGUCUGUUUACGGUUCUGCCUAAGUGCGGUUUGGAGACGGACCCAAGUGUCGCGGAGGCGUUGAAGCAGCGCGCGCGCACAUACAACACCGCCCUCAAGCCGAGGAAACCCGACAAGGUCCCCGGUAAGAAGCCAGCCGGCAGCCUGGCGGACGAGGACCCCCUCGCAGCCACCGUCAUCUCCGCCAUAGACAAGCCCGCCUGCAGUGGCAAGUGGCCGAGCAUCCGCGUGGCGUCCCUGGAGUCGCUGCGCUCGGAGGCGCCCCCCUCCCCCGCGCCCCCCUCUCCCCCGGCGCCCCCCACCCCCUCCCCCUCACAGCUGAUGCGCACGCGGCCCGACCUCACCAUCGUGGCCGCAAGAAACGCCAAGUCGGACUCGUGA